CGCGGCGCCCCGCGCAGGCGCAGAGCGCGCCUCGGUUGUCAAACAUGGCUGAAGUGCCGCCGCUGCCGCCGCUGCUGCUACCGCCGGUAGAGGGAAAAUGCUGAGCGCUCCCGGGCCAGGCGGGCGGCGGCGGCGGCGAGGGCGGCGACGGGGACUGGGUCCCGCUUCCCGGGCGCGGGGGCGGCGGCGGCGAUGGCGCGGCUGGCGGACUACUUCAUCGUGGUGGGCUAUGACCACGAGAAGACAGGGUCUGCAGAAGGAAUGGGAAAAAUAAUCCAGAGGUUUCCACAGAAGGAUUGGGAUGAUACACCUUUUCCACAAGGAAUCGAAUUGUUUUGCCAACCUGGAGGAUGGCAACUGUCCAGAGAGAGAAAGCAGCCAACAUUCUUCGUGGUUGUCCUGACAGAUAUUGACUCAGAUCGGCAUUAUUGCUCGUGUCUAACUUUCUAUGAGGCAGACAUUAACCUCCAGGGAACAAAACAAGAAGACAUUGAAGGUGAAGAGGAAGUGACUGGUUUAAUUCAGCCUGCAGAAGUAUUUGCUCCCAAAAGCUUGGUGUUGGUGUCCAGAUUAGAUUAUCCAGAAAUUUUUAGGGCUUGCCUGGGCCUGAUCUACACUGUGCAUGUGGAUAGUCUAAAUUUCUCGUUGGAGAGUCUCAUUGCAAACCUCUGUGCAUGCCUUGUCCCAGCGACUGGGGGUUCUCAGAAGCUGUUUUCCUUGGGAGCAGGAGACAGACAGCUGAUACAGACUCCUUUACAUGAUAGUCUUCCUGUCACAGGCACCAGUGUGGCUCUCCUGUUUCAACAAUUAGGAAUCCAAAAUGUCCUCAGCCUCUUUUGUGCUGUACUCACAGAAAACAAGGUUCUCUUUCAUUCCACCAGUUUCCAGAGACUUAGUGAUGCUUGCAGAGCACUAGAGUCUUUAAUGUUUCCUCUUAAAUAUAGUUAUCCUUAUAUCCCUAUUCUUCCGGCUCAAUUAUUGGAAGUUCAGUCACCAACACCUUUCAUUAUCGGAGUUCAUUCUGUCUUUCGUACUGAAGUCCAUGAACUUUUGGAUGUAAUCAUUGCCGAUUUGGAUGGAGGCACUAUUAAAAUCCCUGAAUGUAUUCACCUCUCUCCACUCCCAGAACCACUGUUACAUCAGACACAAAUGGCCCUUUCUCUGAUUUUGCACCCAGACCUAGAAGUAGCAGAUUAUGCAUUCCCUCCACCACGGACAGCUCUGUCACACUCAAAAAUGCUAGAUAAAGAAGUGCGGGCAGUUUUCCUUAGAUUAUUUGCACAGCUUUUCCAAGGCUAUAGAUCUUGCCUGCAGCUUAUCAGAAUCCAUGCAGAGCCGGUCAUACACUUUCAUAAGACAGCUUUCUUGGGACAGCGUGGUUUGGUUGAAAAUGAUUUCCUCAUUAAGGUGCUUAAUGGAAUGGCAUUUGCAGGCUUUGUGUCAGACAGAGGGCCUCCAUACAGAUCCUGUGAUCUCUUUGAUGAGUUGGUAGCCUUUGAAGUGGAGCGAAUUAAAGUUGAAGAAAGUAACCCUCUGAAAAUGAUAAAGCACAUUAGAGAACUUGCAGAGCAGCUCUUCAAAAAUGAAAACCCAAAUCCUCACAUGGCAUUCCAGAAAGUUCCACGCCCCACAGAAGGUUCACACUUGCGAGUUCACAUACUUCCUUUCCCGAAGAUUAAUGAGGCCAGGGUUCAGGAGCUGAUACAGGAAGGUCUUGCAAAGAACCAGCUUGCGCCUCCUACUUCUCGAGUGGAGAAGAAAUGUGUUGUGCCAGCAGGCCCACCUGUUGUUUCAAUCAUGGAUAAGGUGACAACAGUGUUCAACAGUGCUCAAAGACUGGAAGUUGUUAGAAACUGCAUCUCCUUCAUAUUUGAAAAUAAAGUAUUAGAAACUGAAAAGACUCUUCCUGCUGCAUUGAGAGCCCUCAAAGGAAAGGCAGCACGACAAUGUCUUACCUAUGAAUUGGGUUUACAUGUGCAGCAAAACCGGGCCAUACUAGAUCAUCAGCAGUUUGACUACAUUGUAAGGAUGAUGAACUGUACUCUACAGGACUGUUCAGCCUUGGAAGAAUAUAACAUUGCAGCAGCAUUACUGCCUUUGACAAGUGCUUUCUAUAGGAAACUCGCCCCUGGAGUCAGUCAGUUUGCUUAUACUUGUGUGCAGGACCACCCUAUAUGGACUAAUCAGCAGUUUUGGGAGACAACGUUUUACAAUAAUGUGCAAAAUCAAGUUCGCUCCCUAUACCUCUCAGCCAAGGAAGACAAUCAUUCAACACACUUGAAGCAAAAGGAGAAAAUUCCAAAAAGCACAGAGCAGGAGAAGACUGCAAUGGACCUGGCCGCAGAGCAACUGCGGUUGUGGCCUACACUGAGCAAAGAGAUGCAGCAAGAGCUGGUGCAAAAGGAGGAAAGUACGGUCUUCAGUCAGGCGAUCCACUUUGCAAACCUCAUGGUCAACCUGCUGGUACCACUGGACACAAGUAAAAACAAACUCCUGAGGACAUCUGCCACUGGAGACUGGGAAAGUGGAAGCAACAGCAUUGUCACAAACAGCAUUGCCGGAAGUGUUGCUGAGAGCUAUGACACAGAGAGUGGCUUUGAGGACUCAGAAAACAGUGACAUCGCAAAUUCUGUUGUGCGUUUUAUAACCCGGUUUAUUGACAAAGUUUGCACGGAAAGUGGAGUUACUCAGGAUCACAUCAAGAGCCUUCACUGCAUGAUCCCAGGAAUUGUAGCAAUGCACAUUGAGACCUUGGAGGCUGUUCAUCGAGAAAGUAGAAGGCUCCCCCCAAUACAGAAGCCUAAGAUUCUAAGACCUGCCCUACUUCCAGGAGAAGAAAUAGUUUGUGAAGGCCUCCGUGUGCUACUCGAUCCCGAUGGAAGAGAGGAAGCUACAGGAGGGCUUCUAGGAGGUCCCCACAUCCUCCCUGCAGAAGGAGCCCUGUUUCUUACCACAUACAGAAUUCUGUUUAAAGGGACCCCUCAUGAUCAGCUAGUUGGUGAGCAGACAGUCGUGCGAAGCUUUCCCAUAGCGUCCAUCACCAAGGAGAAGAAGAUCACCAUCCCAAACCAGCUGCAGCAGAACAUGCAGGAGGGGAUGCAGAUCACAUCGGCCUCCUUCCAGCUGAUCCAAGUGGCCUUUGAUGAAGAAGUAAGUCCUGAGGCGGUGGAGAUCUUUAAGAAGCAGCUGAUGAAGGCCCGCUACCCCCCAUCAAUCUUCAGCACCUUUGCCUUUGCUGCUGGCCAGACUGCCCCACAGGUCAUCUUACCCAAGCAGAAAGAGAAGAAUACUUCUUUCCGCACUUUUUCAAAAACAAUAGUGAAAGGUGCCAAACGAGCAGGGAAAAUGACCAUUGGUCGCCAGUAUUUGUUGAAGAGGAGAACAGGAACGAUUGUGGAAGAGCGAGGAAAUCGUCCUGGGUGGAAUGAAGAGGAUGACAUCUCUGUUUCAGAUGACAGUGAACUGCCCACCAGUACAACCCUGAAGGCUUCUGAAAAGUCAACAAUGGAACAGUUAGUGGAACGUGCCUGUUUCCGAGACUAUCAGCGUUUGGGUCUGGGAACCAUAAGUGGCAAUUCUUCCCGCUCCAAAACGGAGUAUUUUAGGAUUACCGCUUGUAACCGGAUGUAUUCUCUCUGCUGUAGCUACCCAGGGCUUUUAGUGGUACCUCAAGCUGUCCAGGACAGUAGCUUACCAAGAGUGGCUCGCUGCUAUCGGCAAAAUCGCCUGCCUGUUGUCUGCUGGAAAAACACCAAAACCAGUACCCUGCUGCUUCGAGCCGGUGGAUUCCAUGGAAAAGGAGUUGUUGGGCUUUUCAAAUCUCCAAACCCUCAUUCUACAGCUCCCACCUCCUCUUUGGAAACUUCAAGUAGUAUAGAACAGGAGAAAUACCUGCAAGCCUUACUGACUGCAAUUUCAGUUCAUCAGAAACUCAGUGGCAGUAACACCCUCACUGUCAGGCCAGCCCUUGCUCUGUCUCCAGGUGUCUGGGCAAGUCUUCGCUCCAGCAAUCGCUUUAUCACCUCUCCAGCAUCCUUCAUUGAUGUUGGCGCCCGACUUGCAGGCAAAGAUCACCCGACAUCCUUCAGUAAUAAUGCCUACAUACAGAAUCAGCUCCUGAAACGCCAAGCUGCCUUGUACAUAUUUGGUGAAAAAUCACAGCUAAGGGGUUUCAAAUUAGAAUUUGCUUUAAACUGUGAGUUUGUUCCUGUUGAAUUCAAUGACAUCCGGCAAGUGAAAGCCAGCUUUAAAAAGCUGAUGAGGGCUUGUGUCCCCAGCUCUAUUCCUACUGAUUCUGAAGUGACAUUCCUCAAGGCACUAGGAGACUCCGAAUGGUUCCCACAGCUCCACAGGUUACUGCUGCUGGCCAUGGUGGUAGCUGAAGUGCUGGAGAGCGGCUCCUCCGUCCUGGUCUGUUUGGAAGAUGGCUGGGAUAUCACCACACAAGUGGCAUCCCUUGCCCAGCUGCUCAGUGACCCAUUUUAUCGGACUCUGGCAGGCUUCCAGAUGCUGGUGGAGAAAGAGUGGCUCUCUUUUGGCCAUAAAUUCAGUCAGAGGAGCAACUUGACCUUCAAUUGUCAGGGCAGUGGCUUUGCUCCCAUCUUCUUGCAGUUCUUGGACUGUGUGCACCAGGUUCACAACCAGUAUCCAACAGAAUUUGAAUUCAAUCAGUAUUACUUAAAAUUCCUGGCUUUCCAUUAUGUCUCCAAUCGUUUUAAAACCUUUCUUCUGAACUCAGACCACGAGCGAUUAGAGCAUGGAACACUAUUUGAAGAUAAAGGAGACAAGCAUGCCAAAAAGGGAAUUUGCAUUUGGGAAUGUAUUGAGAGGAUGCACAAGAGGAGUCCCAUUUUUUUUAAUUACUUAUAUGCACCAGUGGAAACAGAGGUACUAAAGCCCAGUAUAAAUGUAUCCAGCCUCAAGAAAUGGGAUUAUUACAUGGAAGAAACACUGUCCACGGGGCCUUCUUAUGACUGGACAAUACUAACUACAAAAUCCACACCUUAUGAAGACACAGACCAGGCAGAUGGAAGCAGGUCACAGAGCCAGAGGAUAGUGUGGCCAUGCUAUGAUGAUGUCAGUAAGGUGCAGCCGGAUGCAAUCACUAGCCUCUUCUGCGAAAUUGAACGGUUAGAACACAAGUUGAACCAAACCCCAGAAAGGUGGCAGCAACUAUGGGAAAAAGUGAGCGUGACUCUUAAGGAAGAUACAAGACAAGACCAGCCCCGGAGACACCCUUCUAGCUCCUCAGGAAUUGUGACCACCAACUUACACUCCUAUCAGAAGAGAUCUCUGCUUCACCUGCCUGACAGUGGCCUGGGGGAAGAACAAAAUGCCAGCAUCUCUCCAUCCAAUGGAGUGGACCGGAGGGCAGCCACACUCUACAGCCAGUUUACUUCCAAGAAUGAUGAGAACAGGUCUUUUGAGGGGACGCUGUACAAACGAGGAGCUCUGCUGAAAGGCUGGAAGCCCCGCUGGUUUGUGCUGGAUGUGACGAAGCAUCAGUUGAGGUACUAUGAUUCUGGUGAGGACACAAGCUGUAAAGGGCACAUUGACUUAGCUGAAGUGGAAACCAUCAUUCCAGCAACCCCAACUAUGGGCGCCCCAAAGCAUGCCAGUGACAAAGCCUUUUUUGAUCUGAAGACCAGCAAACGCGUGUAUAACUUCUGUGCCCAGGACUCACAAAGUGCCCAGCAGUGGAUGGACCGGAUCCAGAGCUGUAUUUCUGAUGCCUGACCAGACCCCCUCUGGGAUACAGGAACGAGAAGGAGGCCUUUGGCUGCACCAAUGGGAAAGGUCACAGGAGAGACUUUGGGAAGCACCAGCACCAAGAAAUAGCUCUCUCUCCCCUUGAGCCAGCCUCACUCACUGUGUAGAUCUCUAGUCUAACUCGCUUCCCCAGACUACUUCCCCCAGUUGUGUUUGUCACAUGGAGCCUGCUUGGGUCUGCAGUAAGCUGUACUGACGGGGCAGCGUGUACAGCCCAGCCUCCUUAUGCCAUGACAGCAAUCUGGGGCCAGCCCAGGGGGGAUUUUGGAAACAUCUGCCUGGGUCGCUAUUUACUUGGCAGAGCCAAUGGUUUUGCAAGCAAAAGUAGAAAACCUCUGGUACCAUCCAUCCUUAGUUGGAGCAGUCAUUGCCAUCAGGCCUGAUGCAGAUAUUUCAUGGGCUACAUCCCAUAGCCAGCUGCUGGCUGUGCCAGGUGUGGGCUGUUUUCAAUACAUGCUGAGCUUACCAGCUUUGGUGGGACUGAAGGAAGAGACAAACCAUGUGACCCUGCCAAGAGAUUUGACCUCUGGGGAAAUGGGAGAAAGAUUAGUCUUCAAAUGUAUAGACUCUAAAAGAAAUUGCUUUUCCAAGGCUGAAAGAAAGAAUGCUCUUUGCAUGCUCUUCUGCUCACUCUCAACUUGUAUUCACAAAGUAACACAAUGAUAAAUGCACUAAACAAUAAAGCAGGGCUAGGCCUGGAAAUCCUCUCAGUGCAGCCACGUGGGCAGGCAGGAGUGUGCCACCACGGUCGUGCCAUGUCCCGCCAUGUGCCUCCGAAACAAGCCUCAGAGAAGGGGACAGGAAGGAGAGGCAGAGCCCAGGAGGGUCAUCACAGGCUGGAAGGUGGGAUUGGAUGUUGAAGGCAACAAUUUUUGCACAUAAAUUGUAAGAACAAUUUUAGAUUUUUACAUUUGAAAACAUUGUGUUUAUUAAACUUAAAGCUACAGAGCAAAUACCCUUCCCCUUGUCAGCAGGGAGCUAGAGCAUCGUGUCUUGUUUGGAAAUGUUAAUAUGUGAAAUAUCAGACUAAUAUUUCAAAGAAUCUGUAUAUAUGAUUUAGUACAUUCUGAUUUUUUCAGACUUCCUGCUUGUAAUUUAAUAUAAAACUAACCAAACUGAUUCACUCAUAGGAUUUUGUUUAUUCCAUGGGUCCUUCUUCUAAGAAAAACCACUCUCUUUGGGGGCUGAAGAUUAAGAGUAAAAUGUCCAAUUUCAAACUGUAUACAUACCAGGAAAAAAAGAGUUGUCUUAAUAUAUAAGGAAUUGGGGGGGGAGGCAGGAGACAAUAGGAAUGAAGGACUUUUCUGUCAUUUUCAGUUUAUACACCUCCACCUGUGAAAAUGGCCGUUGCACAUAAUUUGUAUUUUUCUUUGUAUAUGAAGUACUUUUUUAUGUACUUUGUAAGAUAUGGACCCCAUCAUUUCAUAGGUUGAAACUGUGCACAACACUCUUUGGUAAUGAGGUUAUUUUAACAAUUUUAUGUAGGUGUGACAUGACUUUAUAACCAUCUUGUAAUAAACAUACUUCUUAAAAAAG